AUGAAGCUCUUGUUGUUCGCUGCCGUCUUGGCUAUUGCCGCUGCCGUUCCUUCCAGCUAUAACCCGGAAUACAAAGCUCCCAGCUACCCUGCAUCAAAAUUUGCUACCCCUAGCUACAGCGCACCCAAGUACCCUACGCCUAGCUACCCCACACCAGCCUACCCCACACCAAGCUACAAGGAUAACAAAUACGCUGACAUUACAGUCACUAGCCAAUCCGACGAGCGCAACAUCGAUGGCAGCAGCCAGUGGAGCAACGGCCAGUCUGACUACACAACCCGUGAAGAAUCUCAAGUUCAGAAGAAGAUGCAAGGAGUCGCUUACGAUUCUUACGGAAAGGCCACCUACGAAGAUGUUAUGGGCAACAUCAACAAGGGAUCUUCCUACUGGGUUUCACCUGAAGGCGAGAAAUUCACUUUGACCUGGAUCCAGUGUUGGAAGCGGUACUUUUAA